AACGCGCGCGGAUUUUCAUGGUAAAAGUGUAAAAAGCGUUCUUAUAAAAACGAGAAAAUGUCGCGGGAUACGCUUGAGCAGCAGGUGCGGAAGUAUGGCGAAAAAGGGCAGAGAAGUGAACUGCAGUUGCUUAUUAAAAAUACUUCCGUAAAACAGUUAACAGACACUCUGAAUGCCACCAUAUCCCGAAGUGAAGGUAUCAGUUUCUGGAACUACUUUCUGCUCGCUUGCGACACCGAGAGCGAAGAGUCCAAGAAGAAACGUUUCGCGCUGGUUCGCUGCUUUAUGGAUGGACUGCGUAGUGUAGAACUGAACUAUAAGCAAUCCUUCGAUCUGAUCACACGAUUAGCCCGGGACCUGCCCACAUUCUCUGCUGAUGAAUUGGCCUGGAUUAUUGAGCACUGUGUGGAUGGCAUGCGACAGGGAGACGCAAAAUGCGUUGGUUGGAAGGAUUUGUUGCCAGAUUCGCUUGCUCUGCUUUCGGCAACUCCACGUUUUGUUCUCAAUGGAGUAGCCACUGAUGGAACCGAGUAUAGAAAUCGUACAGUGAAUAGUAUAUGCACCAUGCGAUGGCCGUCUUCAAUUCUGACCCCCAUUGCCGACAUGUUCAAGGCCAUAGACCUCAGCAACGGGGAAAUCUUAACAGUGUUAAAUAAAUUCUCUGGGGUUCUGCAGGAGCUAUCGCCAAUGGAGUUACCAGCUCUGUGCUUCCAGCUCUUUUCCAUGUGCCAAAGUGCCUCACAGCUGAUUAUUCCGCUCCUGGCGUUGGAGAAAUAUUUCCACCGCAAUUACUAUAAGCGCUUGUUCUCAGACAUGUGCAGUAAUUCAACAGAUUUCGACAGCAUUGAUCCUUUUUCGGACAAAGAGCUGCGGGAGGCAGAAGAGACUAUACUCCACCAUUUGAAUUAUUGUACUAUGUACAAGUUGACUGAGAAACAACUGGCUGCCAUGCUGAGGAACUUCUCGCAUUUGCCCGAUGUCAUUCUCACGCCAUUCAUGCUUAGCGCUAUUAUUUCGAUGACCAGCGUGAAUCGUGAUCCAGAAUCUGCGCGCAUCUCUCGAUCCAUUUUGCUGCCAUUCUUGCGAAAUGUCAUUAAGAAUAAUGAGGAAGAAAUAACGUUAGCAGGCUACUCCGUGUGGUACCGUGAUUCGUUACAGCGCAAACAAGUCGACUUGCAGCAGGUCUUCGCGGUGCUUAUAGAUCAGAACAAAGAUGGAAAAGAUGUGAUAACACCAGGCCUAGUCCACCUAGUAUUUUUCCUGCUUAAAUCGCAGUCUCCAAAAAUGCAUACGCUUGCCAUUACUUUUUUAACCAAGUUUAUUCGCAAACGUUUCAUCUUUGGGCAAGGCAUCAUUAAACUCCUCUCCGAGUGGAUGAUUGUAUAUCAAGAUCAAAACCAGUUUUCCGACUGUUUAACAUUGUUAAGUGUAGCGGACACGUACACGGUCUCUGAGUGCACAAAACCCAUCCAGACAGUUAUGGAGCAUAUGCUAUGGCUGCCUGGAGAACAAGCAAUGCGCAUGAUGAACUUUCUUUUGCCUCUGCUGAAGAUAUCCAAUCGAGUACGAGACACCCUGAUUGAUGUUCUGUGCAAAGCAAUGAGUUCUAGCGGCAUUCAAAAACGUCGGAUGGCUAUUUACGGAUUUUGCAUGAUCCUCAAACAGCUUAACAACAGUAACGCACUGCGUCAGACAAGCACAAGUACAACCAGCUUCUGCACGCAGCAGAGCAUUUCCGGGUACUCAAUGAUGACACAAAAUAGCCUCGGAACACGAAGCAAUCCCCAACGCAAUUUUGACAUGCUUACCCUGGAAAUUAUUGGAAUGCUGCGAAAUUGUUUGCAGCAGCAGUUUGACAUACGAUGUACGCUCUAUGAAAAUCUGCAGCGGGCCGUGGAGCUAAAUGCUAAACUUGUGCCUCAUAUUUUACAAGUGAUUGAUUGGCAUUUUCGAAGCUUCUUUGACACUCCCUCUGCAGAAGAAGCUGGCGACGACUUGGACACAGUAUUUCGUAUACGUUACGAUAAGCUGGUUAGUGCCAGCGAUCAGCUACAUAUGGAAGUUCAGCUUAAAGAUAAUCUAGGAAAGUUGGUACAAUUCGUCGCUAACUGCUUGGUAGCCUUUGAGCGGGCUUCGUCGGGCUAUGACACUCGUGAGAUUUGUCGGCUCUUGACCUUAUGCGUGCAACGAAUGGUUGCCAACAGAUUGACAACAGACGACAUUUCACCUCCUGCCACGCACCUAAAAUGUGCUCUAGUAUUGCAGCAACUCAAUCUUAUUGAAGGAAUCAUUUCCCAUUUGUUGCUUCUUGCCAAACCAAGCAACGAUGCCAUAUGUAACAUUUUGCCGCUAUUUAAGCAGCAUUGCAAGCUGCUAGACGAUCUAAAGACUUUGGCUGGCUCCUCCAAGAAGUUACAGAAGCAAUCAAAGAAAACAGCCAGCAAUGAUACGACAACUUCCUUUGCCAACCUAACUUUAAAUGGAGUACCAACGAAAAGCAUGUGUACACAGCCUGAGAAUAUAUGGGACUUGGCUAUAUUGGAUAAGCUGCUUCAUCUACUACUCGAUGACAUUGUUCCAUUUGCCGCUGCUGAGAAAACGAUUCAGUUGCGAUCUAAUGAAUCUUUGGUGCGUUAUGUGCUGCAGACUACAGCCGAAAAAGUGAAAAAUAUUCGCCUUGAACCUGAUUAUAAGCAACUAGCUUACAGCAAACGUACAUUCAAGCAGUUAACAGACAUCACCAAAGUUAUUUAUGAACGCUGCAUUCUUCGCUUGUCCGAGCUGUGGCGAAACUUUGACAUGCAGACCUCCUCUCUGGCGGCUCUAUGUUUUGUAGAGUGCCUACGAACAGCGCACGAAACGUAUUCAAAGAAGUUCAAGGAAUUCGUCAAUGGAUUUGAUAUGUCUUUCCUGAACAAGAGCAAAGCAGUGACAUACGUUGUCCAGGAUGUGGUGAGCGAGUUUAUGAAAGAGUAUGCAAGUGAUGACUCACUCAAAAAUGAUACCAUUACCGCGAGAUUGCCGGUAUGCCUUCUGGAGUCAUUGGAAAUUCUUUUUGACCAUAUAGAUUAUGGAGAGCGUGCGGUAACUGAGUCCUAUGCUUGGCUCCUCAAUUUUUGUCGUACUUAUGAGUUGGUGAAUCCCGAAAUGGGCUUGGUGCACCACCUUCUAUUUAUCCAGCGCCAGAAAACGCACUCGGGUCCCUUUUUUGAUAGCAUUGCCAGACAACUGGGGCAUGUGCUUGGUGCUCUUAAUGAUGACAUAUCAAUAGAUCUCCCAGAUCCAAGUCUAAAGUCGAUAAGCACAGUGACAGCCGAGAGCUGUUUGCAGCAUCUCUAUGCUGCCGUCCAGAAGCAGCUUCUAAAUGUAGAAUACUUCGUCGUAAAGGCCAACAAUUUAAGCUACAACUGCCAGCUAGUGCCUGAGUGUGAUCAAAGUUAUUGGCGUGGAAAACUAGAUGUCAUGGAACGUUCUAUUUGCACUCAAAUAAUACUUAUUUCGCGCACGCUCCUGGCUCUCACCAAUGUCUGUAUUCCCCUGGGACCUUCUAUGGAUGGACUAAUGAAGUUGUUGAUACAGCACUAUGUAUGCCUAAAGAACCUGACGAAGCACUAUUUGUCCUGCUGCACAUCAGAUGAAAGCAUUGCCAACAUGCGAAGCACUAAAUUCGAAUUGCUUCUACGAGAAGUGGGAAAGCAACUCCCGGCCAAUGUCUAUGAACUUAUUACUUACAUAGAAGCAAAUACUCUGGAUGAGGACGCACUGCAGCAGCUCAAGACACGGAAGCCCAGCGUACAGGCACAGCGCGCAAAAGUGCUGCGAGAGACUCGCCUUAUUCCCAAAGUAAUAAUGGUCAUUGAGGACUUCAACAAGCACAUUAUUCUAUUGUCUAAGAAGACCAAAACCUUCAAUAGACUAACAGAUUAUCUACAUCUGGGCACCAUGCGAGACUUUGACAUCAAAUCAACUGAUCUCAAAGCGGCAAUAGAACGUAGUUUAUCGGACACACAUGAAAUCGCUGAAGACGACUGUACUAGAGAGGAUAUGGAGGAUACUGAUCGUUCUAAUGAUUCAAACAAUGAGCAGGAGGCGGAACCAGUACAAGCCCCUAACAAGAGACAGCGACGAAGACGAGUUGUUAGCAUUGAUACGGAGGAGUCGCAACCAAAGCGCAGACGUCGUCCCAAAGCGAAAGAAGUGCAGGAAACCAAACCGCAAAGCAAUGAUGAGCAGGAAAGCAACGAAGAGCAGUUAGAAACCGUUCAGAAAACGCCCAAGUCUACUAGAACUACAAAACAACUAACGAAAAAGUCCAGUCGUCUUUUGGAUGAGGAUACCAAUACCAAGGAGUCAGCUGAGGAACCAGGUCCGACAGAGCAGCGUACAAAAGACAUUCGCAAAUCACAAGAGCGCGAGCCGAGGGAGAAGCGGCGUAGAAUUGGUUUGCUACGUCCUGGAAAGAAAUGAAUAUGAAUGAAUUUCUGGCUGAAUCAUGACAGGAAAAGAUGGGUCAUCCUGAAAGUAUGCUACACUUUUUAUUGGUAUGAAAACUUUUUGCUAUAUAUUUUUACUAAUUUUUAAUGUUAACCGGCGCUCUAAUCCGACUACUAGUUAAAAACUAUAAAACAACUAUAAUUUUAUCCGAUUUAUCAAUCAAUUCUCCACUAGAUUGGCUAGUUUCACGACUUGCUUUUGUUGGAAUGUUUAUAAAUUAAGUUGAAAACUAAAGAGGUCAACCAACAACCUGAAAAGUACAUAUAUAAUAAACCUUAAAUGGUCACCCUGGUAAACAGUGUUGCAAAAUGCACAAUGGAACUAUCGAUAGGAAACAGGCAUAUCGACAUGAAUUAAAUUCAAAAGUUUCAUGGUGCUGCAUUACAGACAAUUCAACACAUUUAACCAUUUGAUCCUAUAUAAGAAGUAAAAUAAAAACCAAAAUUUGACUGGUCGUUCAAGUGCAAGUUUCUAUAUAUAGAAACUUCGUUUCUCCGAAGUUCAAUUUCCUGCA